AUGGUGGAAUUAUAUGAAGGUACGUUUGAACUUGCAAAAGCCUGGGUUUCCUGUUUAGAAAGGAUAACAACAGACUAUCAGCCAAUUCCACUUCAUGAUCUUGUAAUAAAAUCCUUAGAAGAAGUUGGAUUUUUCAAAGGCGACGAGGAUUAUGAUGAAAUCGGAUUAACAUUUACUUUAUUUAUGGAAAUCUGUCAUACGUGCAUGCAGGAUAAUUUCAAACCUGAAUAUAAGUUCGUUAUCGUUUAUAUUAUUUUCGAUUUACUGUUUACAAACGAUUGUGUUCAAGCAGAAUUAAACAAAGCAAUGGCUUUAUUCGGAAUUACUGGGAAAGAAGUCUCUUUAUUCUCUGCAAUUUGGCUUUUAUUUAAUCAGAUCCCAGGAAUUCAUCCAGAUAUUUAUUUCGAAAACCUUGUAUCAGAUCAAAUACCUAAAUGCAUUGAAAAAGAUGUUAAGGAACAGAUGAAAGAAAUUAUUGGGCCUUUAAGGCCAGAAUCAAGUGUUGCUAUGUCGCGCGCUAUAUAUGAUAAAUUCCUUGCCAAGUAA